UUUUUACAAAAAUGUUUUAUAUUCUAUCAAGAUAUAUCAAUUUGUGUGAACGAAAUACACAAAAAAUCUUUAAUUCUAUAAAUAUUAGAAAAAAUUUAUUAUGGUGGAAAUAUCAAGAAUCAAGAUACUUUAGUUAUAAAAUAAAUACGUCUUUAAAAUUUCAUACUUACUUAUCAAAUAAUGUACAAGAAUAUGUCAAUUCGUUUAAAGAUGAAAGAAACGAAUUAAUGGCUAUGUGGCCCGAUAUUCUCCGUGAAUUGACGGACAAAGAUAAUGAAGAAUUACCAGAUGUUAAAAAAUGGACAAAAAAGAUAUUGGAAUAUUAUGUUCCAAAAGGAGAAAAACGGAGAUCAGUAUCACUUAUAGUCGCAUAUAAAUUGCUGGCGUCUCAAGAUCAGUUAACGGAAAAAAAUAUUCAUUUAACUCGUAUUCUAGCCUGGAAUGUAGAAAUAAUGCAAGCAUUUCACAUAAUGAUAGAUGAUAUUUUAGAUAAUGUAAAUAUAGGACGAAAUCAACCAACCUGCCAUGUAAAAAUUGGAUUAGGUGCAAUUAAUGACAGUUUAAUUAUGAAAACAUGUACAUAUAAGCUUAUUAGGAAAUAUUUUAAGUCGAAAAAUUGUUAUACAGACAUCGUGGAUAUACUUUUGAAGUAUCAUACAAAAACAGUGCAUGGUAAAUGUCUAAAUAUAUUGACAUCGAUAGAUUCGGGAAAGAAUGCGAAUUUUAAAGUUUUUUCUAUGGAUCAAUACAAUCAUCUAAUAAAACAUAAAACAUCUUAUUUCUCAUUUAUACUUCCGUUCAGUCUUGCUAUGCGUUUCGCUGGCAUAAUCGAUCUAGAAAUGCAUCGGGAAGCAGAAAAAAUUCUAACUAAAAUAAGUCAUCUUUUCCAAGUACAAAAUGAUUUUUUGAAUUAUUACAGUAAAGAAGAAAUUGAAGGAAAAAGUGGCAUACAAACUGACAUACAAAAAGGAAAAUGUACAUGGCCCAUUGUGAUAGCAUUGGAGCGAGCAACAGCCGAACAAAAAAGAAUUUUAAAAGAAUGUUAUGGAGUAGCUGAUGAAGAAAAAGUAAAACGUGUAAAAGAAAUUUAUGACAAGAUAGAUAUAUCAAAUAUCUAUUUUAAUUACGAAGAAGAAACGCAUAAUUUAUUGAAUACAUAUAUACAACAAUUAUCUUCAAAACUUCCACCUGAAUAUUUUUUAUAUUUACUCGCUACAUCAUGUAGUAAAGUAGGACGAAAACAUUAGUUGCGCAAGAUAUUCGAAAAGUGUGGGAACACAUCCGAUUAUCCUAAAAUAAUAUUCAAAUAAUAUUUUUCUACAAUAUUUUUCUAAUAUUUUUAGAAAAUUAACAAAUUUAUUUUAUUAAAAAAUUUAUAACAAAAAUUAAUAAAGUAGUUUUUAACAAUUUAAUAGAUUACUAAAAAUUUAUCAAAUGUAAAACAAAUAAAAAAAAUAAUGAAAAUUAAU